AUGGCGUCACCCACCUUUCUUUCUUCCUACACCAGCGACCCCGUCGCCGACCUCCUUAUCAUCGUCCGCUUCUCCGCAUCAAUCCCCGAUCUUCCGCUCGACGUCCCAACCCCCGAUUCUACGACAGGCGCAGGGCUCAAACAGCUAAUUCGCGCGAAGCUCCCAUCAUCCCUUUCAUCUCAUCGUCUGCGCUUGAUUUAUGCCGGUCGCGGUCUAGAAGAUACAGCCGCCUUAACAACCUUUCUCAAGCUCCCGCCUUCCCCAUCUAGAACUCCGCGUCCCGCGACAGACGACGAAGACCACCAUGAUGGACACAACACAAGUCCAGGGAAGGGCACCCAGAGCUCCACGGACCCCGAUUCAAGAGAUAAGGGUAAACAGCCCGUUCGAGACCAGCGCCCGAGAAUAUACAUACACUGCUCCAUCGGCGACAUUGCGCUCUCAGACGCCGAUCUAGCUGCGGAAGCUGAAAUAGCCACGACAAUACUACAGAGCCAGAAAGAAGAUGGAAAUGUCUCGUCGCUGCUGUCUACGGCUACAUCUACCAUUCCUCGCCGCAGUGGCUCUUCUAUGUUUCCGUCUCGCUCUUCAGUGGCGCCCGAGGCCACUACUACAACCCCGGCACCCCGUGGCUUUGAUCGUCUCCUAACGGCUGGAUUUACCGCCGCGGAAGUGACAGCUCUCCGGUCCCAGUUCUUGGCUGUACAGUCUGUUUCACGUACGCCGGAUACUAUGCCUAGUGGCGAAGAGCUCCGUGAUCUGGAAGAUCGGUGGAUGGAUGAGGGCUCGACUGCUGCGGGGAUGGCGGGUGCGGGUGAGGGUGCGGGUGUUGGGGAUGAUGAUGAGGGGUUGGGGUCGGGAUCUAGGAGUGCUAUGGAUGAUAUGCUUUGGGGUACGGUCAUGGGCUUCUUUUGGCCUGUUGGCUGUGCAAUGUGGUUGAGGAGAGAGGAGGGUGUUUGGUCUUGGAGGAAGGGCGUCGCCGUUUUUGUGGGAGUGCUCGUCAAUGCGGCAUUUGGGGCCAUGAGGAUUAUGAAUUAG